UCCAAACUAGUAUACCGUGUGGAAAAAGCUUCAUCUCCAUGUUGACUGACUCAUUCAAUUCCAACGUCUUGGCUCCUUUAUAUACUAAUUGAAGAGGUAGAAUUCAGCAUCCUUUUCAUUGAUUAAGAAAAUGGUUAGCCGUCUAAGCACAGGCAAGAGCUGGUACAAACAUUUCCAGUAUGAAGAAGGCAGAGACAAGCCUAGCGAUGUCGGGAACGUCAUGUUAGUAGUUGCAACCCUCAUAGCUGCCGUUACCUUCCAAGCUGGGGUCAACCCUCCUGGUGGGGUGUGGCAAGAUAAUGAGCAUGGACAUGUUGCAGGCAGAGCUAUUUAUGCAUCUCAGGCACCAGCCUACUAUGUUUUCUUAAUUGCAAACACUCUGGCUCUUCCCGCCGCGAUACUUGUCAUCAUCUCUCUUACCUACAGGUUCCCUUUCCAUCUCGAAGUCAUCGUUGCCACAAUUUCGAUGAUCGUGACAUACGGUUCUGCAGUUUUCGCUGUUACUCCCGAUGAAUCCGUGAGGUUUUGGUACAUCAUGGCUGCAGCUGCUGUGCCUUUUGUAAUACGGUCUUUGAUUCAGCUCUUCAACAUAGUAUUCAGAAGAGAGUGAAAGAUCACUGGUGUUUUCCCUGGCAGGAGCCCAAAUCGCCUUCAGGCUUACUAGUUAUCAACAAAUAUCUGUGCAACCUAUGAGAGAGACUUAGUGAAUUGAUUUUAUUAAUACAGAAUGCAAUUAACAACUAAAUUUUAUUAUAUUCUCGAGAUUUAUCUACUGUCUUGAAAACAUCUGUUUGAUCUUCUUACAGCCUACAGCAUGUGGCUGGCUACGUUUCUCAAGUCAAUGGUCUUGAUUGCGUUUUCUAUUUCCCACUUGCUGCCCUAACUCCUACCAAUCAAUCAUUGUUGUCCUUGGAUGACUUUUGGGAGAGUGGAGAAUUGGUCGGAUGAAUUAAUUUCUCUUAGCAGAGAAAACCCACCACUGUUUGUGGAGUACGUUAUUAUCAAUAAUUCCACUCAAAAUCAUUAAAUUACUUUCCCCUGCUUU